ACUGAAUAGUGUCAUUUCCUGUUUCUCCAGUAGCGGUUAUCAUUCUUCGAAGCCUUUUGAGAUGCCUGACGGCGGAUUUCGGGCACUUUGGAACACUAUUCCAAUCCUACUGUUCAAUUCUUUGCUUGUUCUUCGAAACACAGGCUCAGCGUCCUCCUAGCAUACUGACACACCACUUAGUCUGAGCUGUGAGCAAGAUGGUUCGUUCGCAGGCGAAAGGCCUCAGGGCCCUUGCUCCAGCGCCCAUUACGAAGCCUUCCCGAGUGACAGAGGUGGAUGUCAAGCCAACUAAGAGGAGGUCAAAUGCCUGUGAGGCUUGUAAGAAGAGAAAGACCAGGUGCCAUGGUAAUCAUCCAUGCGAUAAAUUCGCACAAUCAGGUACAGAAUGCCUGUUUGUCGGAGGCGUCGAUAGACGAAAAAAGCUUGCGUUGCACGAUACUGAGCAGGAGCUCAAUGCGAUCCGAUCGCUUCUAGAUCAGUUGGUGGCCGCUUUCAACAAUGGUAACGAUACAGAUUUUCAGCGGCUUAUCAACAUAACAAGAAGCAAGUCGAAGACUAAGAAAGAUACCAAGCUGCAUAAGUGGUGCAGCCUCCAGGACCUGGAAUCACAACUUAGCUUCUACGAGCAGCUAACCCAUAAUUUGUCGGCGACAUUCGGUACCGAUGUUUCCAACUAUAUUGCAGAUUCGUCGAAGUUGAAUACGUCUCUUACUUGAUUUCAAUCGGCUUACCACCAACAUUAGCUACUGUACUACACUCCGCUAUUUGGAUC